UACUGAAUACUUCAUUCGUCCAAAACCCUAAAAAAAUGUCGGAGAAAAAGCGACGACAACCAAAUCCCGCCAAUCGCGCCGCGGCUACCGCCGCCUCCUUCUCCGCCUCCAAGAAAUCCAAGCUCCCAACCACCACCAAGACCUCCUCCCACGCUCACUCCCUCCGAUCCCAACUCAAACCCGACUCCGAGAUCCUCGCCUCCCUCCAAAAACUCUACUCCGAGCACCAAAAGCCCGCCAAGGCCAAAACCCUAACCCUAACCGACCUCAACCUCACCUCCAAAUGCCGGGUGGUCUCCGAUCUCGACGCCUCCUCCGUCUCCCUCUCCAUCGAGCGCGUCGUCCUCGACAUCGCCCACUCCAUCUUGGGCGGCCGCGGGUUCUCGUUUGACGUGCCGUCGAGGUCCGCGUCGAAUCAGAUGUACGUCCCGGAGCUCGACCGGAUCGUGCUCAAGGAUAAGUCGUCGGCGAGGCAGUUUGCGAAUUUGAGCACGGUUAGGAAAGCGACGAUUACGUCGCUGGUUUAUGGGGUUCUCGAGAGGAACAUUCAUGUUACCAAGAGGGAUUUGUUUUAUACUGAUGUCAAGCUCUUCCAGGACCAGUCUCAAUCUGAUGCUGUACUUGAUGAUGUUUCUUGCAUGCUUGGCUGCACGAGAUCCUCUCUCCAUGUUGUUGCAUCUGAGAAGGGAGUUGUAGUUGGUCGACUCAUAUUCACUGAUGACGGAGACCAAAUUGACUGUACCAAGAUGGGUAUAGGAGGCAAGGCCAUUCCUCCCAAUAUCGAUCGUGUUGGAAAUCUUGAGAGUGAUGCCCUCUUCAUUCUCCUAGUAGAAAAGGACGCUGCUUUUAUGCGACUUGCAGAGGACAGAUUCUACAACCGGUUCCCCUGUAUAAUUGUCACUGCAAAAGGCCAGCCUGAUGUAGCCACAAGGCUUUUCCUCAGGAGGAUGAAGACAGAGUUGAAACUCCCAGUUCUUGCCUUAGUCGACAGUGAUCCUUAUGGCCUUAAGAUUUUAUCUGUUUAUAUGUGUGGUUCGAAGAACAUGUCUUAUGAUAGCUCGAAUCUCACAACUCCUGAUAUCAAGUGGUUGGGAGUUCGACCAAGUGACUUGGACAAGUAUCAGAUACCUGAGCAGUGUCGGCUUCCAAUGACUGAUCAGGAUGUGAAGGCUGGAAAAGAUCUUCUGGAGGAGGAUUUUGUGAAGAAGAACAAGGGGUGGGUGAAGGAGUUGGAAUUGAUGGUAAAGACAAGGAAAAAAGCUGAAAUACAGGCUCUUAGUUCGUUUGGGUUUCAGUAUCUUACGGAGGUGUACUUGCCUCUAAAGAUACAAGACCAGGAUUGGCUGUGAGAUUGAAAGGAGCAGGUUCCUAUUGUAACCACGAAAAGCAAGCUCAAUUCACUGAAGCAAGCAUUUAGUCUCUGAAGCACUAAAAAGCAAGCAGACAUUGUGUUGGCCCUUAUGUUUUAUUUACGGCCUUUUUCCGCGGAGUACUUGUAUGUAAAGUGCUUGAAAGAUACAUACUCUGGUUAUUUUUGGUGGGAGCACGAGCUUCAUGUGUUGUUUUAUUGUCGAAUUUAGUAUUUUAAAAACCGAAAUUUCAAUCCUGCAUCUCCACAGUGACGGUGAAUGCUCUAAUGCUCUAUAAACCAUGUCUAUUGAGGUUGUAUAGAUACUCAAAAAAGUUAGACCAAAAGUUUGGUCUCUCCUCA